GGAGGCAUUCGCUGUUGCCACUCGGUCCAUCGACGCAGUCGCUGCCGGUAGUGGGUUUCCGCCCCGUGACGCUAUUGCGGAAUAACGCCGCAUCGGUUACAGAAUAUACUAGACGUAAUGAUAUCAUAUAUGGCGUAUUUCAUAUAAUGUAAGAGAAAAUGACUCACGCUCGUCGGGAAAAUGUCGCGAGAAACGACGUGAGAUGAUGAAUACUCAUGAGGCUGUGUGUGGAAGAUGACAGGAGGAGAAACAAAGUCAUCUUUCGACGACAAUAUUCAACCCUCGGGACGCAAAUAGAAGUGUCGUGUUGUAACCAGCGCGUCUGCCAACAUCACGCGCCGUAUAUCAACACCAUUAUUUCACACCGCAAGAAAACAGACUCCGUCGUGGAAAAGCGUCAAUACCUCCGGUAUUUAUUGGACAGGAAAUGUGUGACUAAAUGUCGGGAAGAAAAAUAAUGUAGGUGAAUGGGACACUGAAUCGGUAGUAUUGCAGGUCAUUAGAUACUAUAAAAGCGAAUUCACAGUAUGAAAAUACUGAACUCAUUUAACAGUGAGGAAAUCGAAGUGUUGUGAUAUGCUUGGCUAAUGUUGGAAAGACAUCAGUUAAGUUAUUAUCUAAGUUAUUAUUGAUUAAAAAUAUACAUGGACUUACCUUACUCUGAGGUUGCUAAGAUAUCAUGAGGCAAAGAAGCUGAAGUAAGUGCAGGCUGCGGAUAUAUGAUAAUUUCAAAGGUGUGAAUUUUCAUGGCUUCCGUAUUCCGGGGUUAUCUCAAGGCCACCCGAACAAUCAUUGGCGUUCAGUACCAUCAGAGAGACGAGAUGAACUUUCUUUCUAUAGAAUGAAUCAUAAUUGGUUGUAGAUAUAUCAUUUAUGCAGCGAAGCAUCUGUAUCUGUAGAAUUGAUUAUUAGAGAACUUCCCCCCCUUCAUCCAUCCAUUCGACAUGGCAACCACGACUGAUCGACCCCUCAUAACCUCGCAAACGUUGUUUUUGUUUCCCAUGCCCUACACUGUGUGCCUUCCUGUAGAAAGUGCGCCUGGUGCUGGACCGCCAGCGCCAGCAGGAGCGUUAGCAGGAGGCCCUUCGAAAACAGCUGUAGUAGACGAAGGUAGGAGCGAGCCGAAGGAUAAGGGCGUUGGGGAGGAAGGAGAAAAGCUCGGCGGCGGCGGCAGCAGCAGCAGCAGCAGCAGCAGCGGUUGGGUCAGUGUGUGUAGUUCUGUCGUGCAGGACAGACGUGCGCGCCACUCCUCCUCUGCCUCGCCGCCCACCCCGCCUCUCUCCCACCAGUCCUCCGACAGUGGUCUAUGGACCUCUUCGUCAUCGUCGUCUGCAGGUGGGGAGCAGCCUUCCGAAGGGCCCUCCCCAGCCAGCAGCAACAGCCCCUCGCCGCCGCCCUCACCUCAGGUAGUAGUAGCUGCUGGAGAGCUCAACAGUGAGAAACUUCGACAACUCGACCUCCUCAACCAAAACAUUUUGGCAGACUUUGCUCGCAAACUCCAGCAGCAGGAGGAGGAGCAGGAGAGUGAGGGUUUGGAAGACGAAGCUGUGGUAGGUUUGGGAAGCAGCACCUUUGACCGAAGUAGUCGCAGCCGAAGCAGCAGCAAGAGGAGGCGACGGCGUCCCCGUGCGGGGUCGGGCGAGCGGCCACCGAGUUCUGGCAGUGGGCGCCUAGGAGGAGUGUUUGACCUGAAAGAUGCUUGGCGAGAGCUCGCUGGGGUGACCCCUUCACGCAGGCUCCUGCAGUUGAUGCGCCGCCUUCAGGAGAAGGUUGGCGAUACCGUCCCGUCUGUUCUGGACCACGUCACUUUCGGCAGGUCGCCGGGAGGCAGCCGUACCAACAAACGUUCUCCUCUUAAGAAUUCGUCGCUUUUCGGUCAUUCGGGACAGAAUCUUCAACAGCAGCAGCAGCAGCAGCUGGCUGUGGCCACCCCUUCGGGUGCUCUGGUGUGCGGAGGGGGCACGUCCGCACCUACGUCAACACCAGCCAGUUACCUGGUCUACGCGACGAUCUGCUCAACAACAAUAGUGCCAGUGGAGAUCCUUUGGUGUGCCUAGCCAAAUCUGGCACUCCUAGUUCCGAGUGGCAACAGCUGCCGCAUCCAGACUCGGAAAACAUGACGCAGCAGAAGGAGAACGUGAUAGUGGGGGCACCCUUGCGUCCUCAUCGCAGCAAGAGUAGGAAAAGAAACUGUAGUCC